AUGAAAGAUCUACUUCUUCUGUCGAUUGUUGGAGUUUUUACGUUGGAAAAUGGGAUGGUGUCGGAUAGUGAGGUUACGGCAGUUUGGAUGGAUAUGACUGAUGACUUGAAGACUAGCGGACUUGUUGACUUGGAAGUUUCUGAUAAUACCGAGUAUCUAGAGAGUUUGAAAGUCAGACUGAUUUUAUCUUUGUUGAAUGAUGAUUUGGAUGCAAAGAUGUACCAUGUCCACAAAGAUCUAAAACACAAGAAAAGAAGGAACGAGGUUAUUGAAUAUUACAUUGGAUGA